AGCUACAUGUAUUAGUUUAUGUAUGGCGAUAGUUCAGCACUUUGUUCGUAGAUGUCGAUAGAAAUGGAGGUUGUUUUUCUGGCUAUGCUUCUUCCCUUGCUAACCAACGCCGCUAAAACUGGACGAUUCCAAGAAUGUCCCGAGGGAUGGACAUGGGUGAAUAGAAGCUGCUACAGAUAUGUGGAAGAAGAAGUUGAGAGGUACACUGCUCCAGACAGGUGUCGAGAACUGUAUAAUGCUUCCCUAGCAACGAUUGGGAAUAUCAAAGAGAAUGAAGCCGUCAAAGAUCUUAUUCAUGGUCACAAGGAGGCGUGGAUCGAUUUUAAAGGAUAUCGACGGAACAGCAAAUAUCGGUCUAGGUUUCAUCACUUCGAAGGUUUUCCAGGACGCCGAGAAAACUGUGUAAAGAUAUUACAAAGUGGCUAUUGGCGAAAUUUCUAUUGUGGUGAUGAAAGCCCUUUUGUGUGUAUGCGAAAAGCUGAUUGUGACCCUGGCUGGGGUGGGGAUUCUUGUGAUCGCCCGUGUCACUGUUACCUGAACUAUAGCUGUUCGGGAACAACUUGUCCGUAUGGGUGCCAACCUGGGUGGACCGGAUCUUUAUGUGUCACUCCCCGAGAAAAAACUAAAGUGUCAUACUACUGUAUGAAACAAAGGGAAGGAGGCUACUCUCUGAUGGUUUCCUUGAUCCGGUGGGACCUCAGCUCAACCUACAAAAGAAUUGGAGCAGUGAACGCUGAAGGGGAGAUCAGUCCUCACUGUUUGAAAUAUCAUAAAGUCAUGCAUGGUGAAAAGCGUUUUAGUGUUCAAAUUCAAAACGUGUCAGGACUUUUGAAACCAGCUUGUCCUGCAGAAACAGUUGCUGAUGGGAUCCUGCGAUGGACGUUCAAACUUCAGAAGAAAGAAGGUAUAGAAUCAGUUGAAGAUGAAGAACUUCAAGUCCAGUGUGAUCUGUCUGAAGCUGAUGAUGCUACACAUGAUUCUGAGAGUGUUGUGAUGGAGAACAUUCGGGAGAGAUCCUUAACUACUGCCACACAGACACGAGUCAGUGUACGGACAUACAUAGCAUACCCUGACACACUGGAACCAGUCAUAAACGUCGACCUUGGUGAUCGUGUCAGACUGGUGGCCACGCUUCCUGAAGGGGACGAUGUCGUCAAUCCGUUCUUUUACCCUCGGAACUGUCAAGCUGUAUCUCCAGAUAGGAAGGUUUCCAUACAACUAAUCGACUUCUAUGGGUGUAGUGAGAACUCGGACAUCGGCUUUGGAACACUCAACCAGAACUCUGGCGUAUUCCAGUCGGAUAUAUUUCCCAUGUUUCGGCCUUUGGGCUACACCGAGGUGGUGUUCACUUGUACUCUUGUAGUACCCUAUUUACACCAUGUAGCUCCUGAGAGUUUGUGUUAACGUCGACUGGACAGAGUGGCGUACAAGUACACUGGAACGGCGACAGAACCAAAGCUAUCAUGGUCAUGUCAAGAACCAAGAAGGAGCAGAAAGCAGGCUGCUGUGCCUGAGGAUGAACCUGCAUAGACAUCUGUUCAAUAUGGUCCUGUCUGACAUUCAAUUUCAAAUGUCUGUUUGAUUAAAAAUAACACUUGUCAACCCUG